GAUAUAAGGCGGGGGCAGCGGGCAGCCGGCAGCAGCUGCAGAGCUGAGCCGCGGCCAGACCAGCAGAGCCGAGCCAAGCCGAGGCAGCCCGCAGCGCUCACCGCCCCUGUCCCGGCCCUGCAGCAGCCGCCUCUGAACUGACAUCUUCCAAACCUGCUGGGGAAAAAAAAAAAAAAAAUGGAAACCAUGCAUGAGCUGAUCCCCUUUGCCAAAGAACUGCUCAGCCAGAAGCCCAACAGGAAAAUGGUCAAGCUGUACAUGCUGGGCAGCAUGCUGGCCUUCUUCGGUGUGGUCAUUGGUCUGGUGGAGGCAGUGUGCAGUCCUUUCACCUCCGAAGGGAGGCUGGAGGAGGAGGAGAAGAAACCUGCCCCAACACAAGGGCAAACACUUCCUCAGAAACAGGAGGAUUUGAUCUUGGAAAAGAGCAAGAAGCCGGUGGUGAUGCAGCGGGCCCUGGUCACCAGGCAGCACGCCUCCUAAGAGCCCCAAAGCCCAAGAGGUGUCUGCUGAGCAACCAAGCACAAGAGACUCUGCUGUCCUGUUGUACCUGGUGGUGGUUCCAGUAAGAAGAGCGAAGGUUUGGCUGAACGAGGAAGACUGCAAGUGUAAGACUUGAAAGAAACGAACGGUUAUAAUUUGCUGCUGUGCAGCAGUAGGAAAAAAUACCUUUUGUUGGUAUAAAAAUGUGCAAGAUGCACAGCAUGGUUUCUUAUUUUUAUUACAGAUGCAUUUUACAACAUUUUGCAAAAUCAAUAAAUAUUUUAUAUGGUA